AUGGCGGAGAUACCAAGCAUGACCCCGGAAGUCCCGAGCAUGAUCCAAAACCCCUCAGACGUUCUCCCACCAUUCGCACCCUCACGCCGAGCCACAGUUCCCGGUCGUCGAUCGCCAUCACAACCAGCCCCAACUAUCUAUCUCAGAGGCUUCAACUGCGUCGCCAGCGACCCAGAGUAUGACCUUGCACGAAGUGUGACUGGAAACGUGCAGCCGUACUGGUUCGAAGAAACGCGCAGUCCUGCAGUCCACUAUGGCCCUUCUAGAAGACAAAGAAGAGAAAACGCUACGCGACGAGGUUAUCAGGUCGAAGACACUUAUCUCGUCAUGCCUAACACCGAGGAAGCUAAGCGGUCGGACAAGAAGGAUGUGCAGCGAGAAGAGGCGAAAGAAGCAUUCCUGGAAGCCAUGUGGCCAACAAUCCGCGACGAAUACCUUGCCAUGUUCAAUCUAACUAGCCUCGCGCCACAGCAAGAGAAACGGAUGAAGACCGACACCUUGGUGUUUCUGGAGGAGGAGUGGAAUAUCCUGGAGGAAGAGCGCAGGACUGAGACUGAGGGGCGAGAGGAGAUGGAGCAGCAAGGAAAGGCUAUCGUUCGCUUGCCGGUUCGCAACGUUUCGGAUGGGAAAGGGGCGUCGGAGAAGAAGUUCAAGAUGAAGGGGAAGGGGAAGGGGAAGGGUGAGGUGAAGGUGAAAGAUGGAAGUGGGGUGGAGGCGAAAGGGGAGAAGAAGGGGAGUAUCUCGCAGAGACUGAGGAAGGUUUUGGGGAUGACUGCGAGGCCGGUGGUGGUGAAAGAUGGGGUUGUUGCGCCGCCGUUUCAUCCGGUAUUGUGA